CUUCUCCGGCCCACAGCCAGCCACACGCGCGGAGUCCCAACCCAAAGAACUGAAAACCCUAGGCGGCGGCGGCGCAUACCGACCGCCAUAGCAGCAGAGGCUCCAGAGCAGAGAGGCGUUAAGGCGCGAAUCGUUGGUUCCAGCAGGAUCCCCAGCAGCAGAAACCGACACAGACCGCGGCGUGCGACCGGAGGCGAGGGCGAUGACGCAGAAGCAGACCCUGUUCAAGGGCCAGAGCAAGAAGAAGACCGUCCCUCCCAACCGCCACGGCAAGGCGCCCCACGUUCGCAAAGGGAAGAGGGUCGUGAAGCCGACCAAGUUCACCAAGGACAUGGACGCCGACAAGGAACUCACCAAGUUCAUCAACCAGUGUAAUGAAAUAAAGGCUGCUAAUCUUGCUAGUAAAGAAGGCGGCGACCUCAACAUAGUGAAGGCGGACGGUGAUCAAUCUAAAUCAAAGAAGUAGGAAGCCAGAAGGUGACAAGAAACUGAAGAUGAUUGGGUGCAGUGUGAUCUGUGGUAAUGCCGUGUAUGCUGGGUUCCUGAAGAAAUUUAGUGCCAUAUGGCUGGGUAGAAGGGCAUGUUUACUGCAAAGCUUUGUUCUGUGGUGUAACUUGCAACAUGGCAUCCAAGUUUUGUUCUUUAGCAGACUUUAAAUCAUGUUGAAACUGUUGGUAUGUAAUUAUCCGAUCAGUUGAAACAUAGGAGUACAUUUUUUUUGGGCCGUGGGCCAAUGCGAGCGCAGUGACAGGCUGGCAGUGUAAUAGUAGUACGCUGCAAUCAUCGCAAGCAUAGUAGCUUGUUUUAUGCAGGUCGUUGCCAUCA